AACCCUGUUUAGUGUAGUGUUUGGUGCUGGUGGAAGCGGCGGAGAGGCGGCGUAUCGGCGCUGAGAGCAGCACAGUAUAAACAGCACAGCGCGCUUUAAACACAGAUACAGCCGUAUAAAAUGUCCUGGACUAAAGGAUUCAUCACCAGCUGCCUUGUGCUCGCCAGCCUGCUGUUCAGCUCAGAGGCCGUGCCCAUCAGUGUAGACAAGACUAAAGUCAAGCUGCCAGAAGAGACCGUACAGGAGCCCCCUCAGAGUGUGGACACUGGGCUGCAUUAUGAUCGUUAUCUCAGGGAAGUUAUUGACUUUCUGGAAAAAGACCAGCAUUUCAGAGAAAAGCUGCACAACACAGACAUGGAGGACAUAAAGCAAGGGAAGCUGGCGAAGGAGCUGGACUUUGUCAGCCAUCAUGUGAGAACUAAACUGGAUGAAUUAAAAAGGCAGGAGGUGAGCCGGCUGAGGACGCUGAUUAAAGCUAAACAGGACGUCGAGGAGGGUAAUGGAAUGGCUGUGGAUCACCAGGCCUUACUGAAGCAGUUUGAGUAUCUGAACCACAUGAACCCUCACACGUUCGAGGUGGAGGAUCUUGACAGACUCAUCAAAUCGGCUACGAGUGAUUUGGAGAACUUUGAUAAGGAGCGGCACGAGGAGUUUAAGAAAUAUGAAAUGAUGAAGGAGCACGAGAGACGAGAGCACCUGAAGACGCUGGACGAGGAGGGCAGGAAGAAGGAGGAGGAGCACUAUGAGGAGAUGAAGAAGAAGCAUGCUGAUCAUCCUAAAGUCAAUCAUCCUGGCAGUCAGGAUCAGCUGAAGGAAGUGUGGGAGGAGGCUGAUGGUCUUGACCCGGAAGAUUUCGACCCUAAAACCUUCUUUAACCUUCAUGAUACGAAUGGAGACGGAUUCUUCGAUGAACAAGAGUUAGAGGCUCUGUUCACAAAGGAGCUGGAGAAGAUCUAUGACCCCACUAAUGAGGAAGACGACAUGGUGGAGAUGGAAGAAGAGAGGCUGAGGAUGAGAGAGCAUGUUAUGAAUGAGGUUGAUGCCAAUAAGGACAGGCUGGUGUCUUUAGACGAGUUUUUGACGGCAACCAAGAAAAAGGAGUUUCUGGAGCCGGACAGCUGGGAGACUCUGGAGCAGAACCAGGCGUACACGGAGGAGGAGAUGCGGGAGUUUGAGGAGCAUCUCGCCAAACAGGAGGAGGAUCUGAACCAGAAAACUGCUGAUCUGCAGAAGCAGAGGGAAGAGCUGGAGAGACAGCAGCAGCAGCUCAACGCCCAGAAAGUAGAACUUCAACAGGCCGUGGAGCACAUGGAGCGUUUAAAACAGGGAGAACAUCCACCUGAAGUGCACGUUGAAGGAAACGCUAUUCCAGAGGAAACCCACCAUAAUCAGGCCCUGACACCCGAACACCAGCCAGCUCCUCCAGACCACCAAGAGGUUCCUGCAGCCCAGAAUGAUAUACCCCCUCAGGACCUCAGUCAGGGCCACCCUAACCAGUCCCAGAACGGCCAGCCAAUGACUCACGAUGACCCCAACGCAAUCCACGGGGCCCAGCAGGUGCCCUAAGCUGCAGACAGGUAGUGUGGGGUUCGACUGUGUAGAUCAUGAUACCUGUCACCACCACCACCACCACCACCACACUCUCAGACACGAACCAUUCGUACCUCCGUACCAGAGUCCGGACUACAGCCCAGACUACAGCCCCAGUCCAACUGUGAUCUAUACGUCUACAGAUUUCUCGCUGCUAAUCUUAAAAAAAAGAACAGCGCUGUAAUUUGGUCAAUUCUCAUCAAAGUUUACUGAAUGGGUGAAAAAAAAACUUCAAUACAAUUCAAUACAUUUCUUUAUUAUUAUUUUUUUUCUUCUGAUAUGUUUAAUAUUUGGCCCAUAUCAAUGAAAGUAUUUUAAUAUUUUGAACCAUUUGUGUUUUGCACAUUAUCUUUAAUUUUAAUGGAAUAAACAAAGCCACUGGAAAAAAGGUGAUUGUGGUUUUAGAAUGAAAUAUAAUAGAUUUAAAUAAUUUUACAUGCUGGAAUGUUUUGUCAUGUUUUUCAUGUUUACUUCACAUUAAGACUAUCGAAGAAUUUGUACGGUACCGGUUAAAAAAGUUUGAACUCACUUCUCACUUAAUUCUCAUUCAAUUUUAUUUUCAUUAUUUACUAUGAAUUUGUUGUAGACUAAUACGGAAGCUAUUAAACCUUUGACAUAUGAACACAAAAAUUAUGAUUUAUGUAGUAAACAAAAAAUAGUGUUAAAUUAUACUAGAAUGUUUUAUACUUCUAGAUUUUUUUAAAUGUGCAGUUUUAGUUGUGAUGACAACUAUUCUCUCAAUCUGCUUCAAUUCCCCAACUCAAACCCCAAACCUUGAUUUCCUAAUCUCGAUUCUCCAAACUCAGUUCCCCAUCUCAAAUCCCCAACCUUGACUCCUCAACCUCACCUCAAUCUCCUCAAACUCAAUCUCCCCAAACUCAAUUCCCCGACUCAAACCCCCAACCUUGAUUCCUCAACCUCACCUCAAUCUCCCCAAACUCAAUUCCCCAAACUCAAACCCCCAACCUUGAUUCCUCAACCUCACCUCAAUCUCCCCAAACUCAAUUCCCCAACUCAAACCCCCAACCUUGAUUCCUCAACCUCACCUCAAUCUCCCCAAACUCAAUCUCCCCAAACUCAAACCCCCAACCUCGAUCUCUCAAUCAUCGAUCUCUCCAUCAACAAACUCUCCAACCUAUAUCUCCCCAACCUCUAUCUCUCCAUUACCAAUCUCUACAUUGAUCUCCCCAAACUCUAUUCCUCAACUCAAACCCCCAAACUCAAUCUCCCUAAAUUCCCCAACUCAUACCCACAUCCUCAAUCUCUCCAACCUCGAUCUCUCCAAACUCAAAUGCCUGCCCAAUUUGCCCAACUCAAUUCCCAAACUUAUCUUCCCAAUUCGAUUCCCCAUCCUAGAUCUCCCAAUUCAGCUAUUAACGCUUUACUGUUUACUAAAUAAAUCCAUGUGUUCCUUCAUAGUUUUGAUGUCAGCAUUAGUCUACUAUGUAAAAAUAAAUAAAUAAACUAAAAAAAAAAAUAGAAAGCAAUCAUUGAAUGAGAAAAGGAGUGUGUCCAAACUUUUGACUGGUACUGUAGAUCUGAGCAGCUUUGAGUACAUUGAAGACAAAUCAUAGCUGAAGGGUUCAGACGUUUCAAUAAAGAAUGAUAUUUGGGAGAACCUUUUUUAAUCUUUUUAGUUUUCUUAAUUUAAAUACAUGUACGCAUUUUUGCCUGCUUUCUGAAGUCUUACAGUGAUACAGAGAUAAAGGGCUCAUUUUCCAGAUACAAAUUACAGGUUUAGAGUUCUCGUAACUAAGUAUUUUAGAAAGGAAAAUUAAUUUGCGAUUUUUAACUUUUGUGUUUAUUAAAAUAAGUGUAGCAAUUAUUGGUCAUUUUACAAUAUUAACUUUUUAAGUAUUAAAUAAAAAGUUUACAGGUUGAAGUCAGGCCAUCACAGAGGCUUAAUAAAGCAUGAUUUAACUUUGACCUAGCAAUUUGACAGACAGAAAUAAAAGUUCAGUAGCUGCAGAAUUUUAUCCAAACUCUUUAUUAUUAUUUUUUUAAUCUAUAAUUUGUGUCUGGAAAAGUAAACCUGUCCCAUAAACCGUUCUCAGACUACAAGUUUACCUACACCAGCACAGGCGAAAUACACAGCUGUACUUCUAAUCAUCAGGAAAUCCAGAUUUCUAUUUUGUUGUAAAUUUGCGUUGUUUCUGAUUUUCUGCUUUGUAGAGGAGCCACAUCGAGUCUCUCUGAUUCCAGACGUUUCAGGUGUGCGUCCAUUGCAAGGUGUAAAAUAGUAUUCCAGUGUUUGCACAGAAUUAGUAAUUUAUCAAUUGUUUUAUUUACUGGUUAUACAAAUCUUUGCGUGCUUUUCUGAAGAUAAUAAAGUGGUUGAGGCAUUCUA